CCAGGUUCUCUCUGAUCGGCGAUGUUGAAGAUGGCGGCUGAGCGGGCUCCGAGAAGGGCAAGAGGAUAACGUGUACAGGAACAACACUUGUCUUCUUGUUUCUUAAAUUAGCCGCUGCGCAAGAACUAUGCAAAGAGAAGAAAGCGCCGAACAAACUGUUGAUCUCUUGGCUGGUAAGUUUGCCUUUCGGUCCAUAGAAUUUGACUUCUUUUGUUGACAAAAAAACUGUACUUGUAAAUGAUAAAUGUCACAAUCUUUACAAAACUGAUUCUAUUUUAAGCAAAAAAUGGUAACUCUUCUUUUCCCCUGCAUAUUUUUCCCCUGAAAUCCGCUUAUCUCCUACAUACACAUGUGAAUGCUGACUGAAGCUGUUAUUAUAUGGUUAUCUAUCUCCUACAUGCACAUGAGCAUGGAGACUGAGGCUGUUAUUAUAAUAGCUAUCUAUCUCCUACAUACACAUGUGCGUGCAGACUGAAGCUGUUAUUUCAAGUUAUCUAUCUUCUACAUACACAUGUGCUUGCAGACUGAGGCUGUCAUUAUAUAGUUAUCUAAUCUACCCCACAGUUGUUUUUGUCUUGUCACCCAACUAACUUCCCAAUUAAACAGCUGCUCACAUUUGAACCACAUUCCUUUCCAACUGUUUCAUCAACCCACAGAAAUGAACAAUCUUUUAUCAGCAAAUUAACAAUGACAUCAGUUUUCAUGGAAAGAAUGAGCCCCUUUGAUGUCCAUUUGCAUCAGAUCAGAGGAGUCAGCAUUGACAGCCAGGGUUAUGCUAUGCUCUCAGUAACUGAAUCAAAGAUUGAAGGUUUCUGCAGCAAAAACUGAAAAGCAUCCUUGGCACUAAAAUGUUCAACUUCAAACUGUACAAUGCUGGAUCAGUAAAUUUUCCAGCUGAUCGUUAUCAGAUUAUCAGCAUUGUUCAUCGGUUUUUGUCACAUGUAGAUGGAAACCAGAUAAAUAAUUUAAAGCAUGCAUGGUUCUACAGAAAAAAAAAAAAUUGGAAUUGCAAACAAAGAAAACCAUACCAUGUUAAGUGGACAUAAAAUUUUAAAAGUUCUCGGCAGGGAUAGCACACACGUGAUAGUCAAACACAAACUAACGUACGUGACGAGAUGAAUGACAGCUUUCUAGGAGACAAUGCGACACCACACAUAGAAUACAGGCUAUGAUUGGAUGGAAUUUGAACAGAUAUUAAAUUUGGUGUGAAAAUAAUUAUGUAUGCCAGACCUCAGACAAACCAUAUUAUUAAUUGGCAGGUAAUUUUCUGCAAGCAGGAUUCAGUAAUAACGUGAGCCCUGCAAUUACAUGCAUUGGAUGAAACUCAUUAUAGUGGUAUAAAAUUCCAGAAAAUUUUCACUCAAAAGAAUUUGAAAUAAAGAUCUUAAUGAUAGUAGUAUAGCCCAAUAUUAUUAAAGUCCCUAAAAUUUGGCCAGAUAACUGGUAUAGUUCUUCUUCGGAAACUGGGGUAAUUGGGGCACUGGGGUAGUCCAUAGAAUGGGUCUUGAAGGCAUAGGUCCACAAGGGUCAUCCAUAGACCAUGGUCCCAUGUUUUGUAUAUGUUUGCUCUACUAAGGCCUUCAAACUCUGUUCCUUUUGUCAUCCUGUCAAGACUAGAUACUUUUUUUGCGACCCUGAUUUUAUUUCACAUACAGAAUUGAAUAUUUUGUUAAGUAAAUGACACCAUAGAAUAAAGAGUUGUAAAAAGUGCCACUGGUGCCACUCAUGUAGACCACAGAUUGGCAGUGUUCACACCCACUUCAAGGCUUUCAGGAAGACUUUUCUUCCAAAAAGACACCCUUUUCAAGACAGUAAACCAGAAAACGUCAUACCCUGGUGGGCAGCACACACCCCUAAAGGUCAAAUGAAAGAGUAGACCCCUCCUCCCCCAACUCUGCGGAACAUUACCACCAGGUCUUAAAGGAGGAAAUGAAAACUCCGCUAUCAUUACUUGUUGAUUUAGUUUCAGGUGGUGUGUUGUGUGAGUUUUUAGAAGUGGCAUUUCACCUCAUCUUGUACAUAAGGGAAGUGUAUCCUGCUAUAGUGUUUGAAAGACGGAAAAAAUACAAUGUUCCUGUACAGGUUAGUAAUGGUUUUAUAUGUUCUACAGUGUACAAGUAAUUAAAAUUUAGACUUCCUCAAGGCCUGUUUCCUACAGAAGUUAUGCAUUCAUGACUAAUUAUUAUGCAAUGUAAUGCUGUCAGGGCCUUUGUACUGAUUGUAAUUUUUAUCACCUUUUAUAAGUAAAAAAAACUGUCUUUAAUUCAUUUUCUUUCAAAGAGCACCCCUGCAUGUUGAAUCAUUAACAAUCCAGCAUUUCAUUGUGUAUAAAACCGAAAAGAACUGGCACCUAGUCUAAACGAGUUGAUGAACGGAACUUGUUAAAGUUACAUGUAGCAGACCUGCAUGACAUUGCAUACAAUGUACAUGUAGCACCAUUUCAUUCUCCACAAUUCAAUUAUUAAUUCUUGAAGUGAAAUAGUUAAUAAAAAUUUAUUUGAUUAUCAAUUUGCUUUAAUGUAAAGGGUGGGUCAUCAAAAAUGACCCAACCCAGGGUUUGGUCAUUUGCCUACCAUGGGGAUGUUUAUUCUUCAAAUAUUGAAGAUGAUCCAUUGAGUUUGCAUUUUGUUAAUCUUAGGCAGUAGUUUGAGGCAUUUUGUCUUUGCAAAAGGUGUGAAAUUCUGGGCCAUUUUCACCAGCUCUACCAAGACAAUCCAACCUCAUCCUCAGGGCUCCUCAAUUGCCUUCCAUUUUCCAAAUUGAGUUUGAUUGGGAGGAGGAAAAAGUGUGACACCUUAUUCAAGGUGGGCGGUAAUUUGAGGUUGGGCGCUUAUUAGAAUAAAUACGGUAGUAUUGAAGAAUAGAGAGAAAAAGUGUGACAUCACGUUACCAUGGUAGCAAAAAAUCUGGAUCACAAUAAUAGAGAGUUUAAGCAAUGACGAUGAUGACAGCAACCAGAACAGUUAAAAAGCAAUAAGUUUAUACAUUCCUUAGCUGUUGUUGCAGGACCAGGACAUGAAACUUCUUAAUUUCAUGAACUUACUUUGUGGAGUAGGUAAACAUGACACAAAAAUUUUCUUUUUCUAAACUUAAAUAGGGUCCUAUAUAAUUCAUUUGACAAAUUAAUUAAGAAUAUCAAUUAAGUUUGAAACAGUGUGAAUUUUUUUCACUUUUAAGUGAAUUUUUGGUUGUUGUCAUCCAGGAAUUUUGCCACCAUGAGAAUGUGACGUAACUACUUCUCCUCUCUAUUAGCCGGGUGAUUGGGGCAAAUCACUUGGAAAUAGUGAAUGAAAUAAUAAUAUAAAUAAUUGUUUUUUUGAUUUAUUUCGUUGACUUUUCAGUAUUUCUUUAAUCAUGUAUAUUUUAUGAAUACAUUUGGUUUGGUAUUCAUCCUGAUUCCUCACUGAUUUAGAGCCCUUUUAAUUAAAAGCUUCAAUCUUUUACUACUACAUGUAGUUAAGGUUCUAAAAAAUGUGUAAGUCUAUGACCCAAACUGAGUUAUGAAAGACUAAAACUGUUAUUUGUUAUUUUAAUAGAUGUGUUGUCACCCAGACCUCAACCAGUACAUCUUAGAUGUGCUUCAGAUGGUAAAGCCUUUAUUGGAAAAGGUAAAGUGCAAUUUUGCAGUACUUUAGUGAUUUUCCUGGCUGAUUUGCUUGAUUCUCUCUUCAGAUAUUUUAUCUGAAUAAUAAAACUAUCCAGCUAGUGCUUUCAAAAGCAUAAGUUUUAAAGACAACAGCUUUUUGCUCCGUUACAAACAACAAACAAACUUAUGAAUGAAGCCACCACACAAUUCUGCCAAGAAAGAUCUGAUCGUAAAAAACCGCCCUCUCCUGAACCAUGUGCCGCUAUCAAACUGAGAAAAAGAAAAUGUCCGACUCCCUCACUUGAUAAAGAUUCCACAAUAGAAUCUAAAACUUGUUUAUGCUAAUAAGUUUUAUAUCCUAAUCCUGGGAUUUGAAACUCUGUUUACUCUAAAUAAAGAAAACAAAUACCAGUAUAUAAUUAUGUCGUAGUUAACUUUUUAUCUCAGGUAAUUUUUGUUUUUCCUUUGUUUUUGGGUAUGGUGAUGUAUGCUAAUGAAGUUGAAACAAAAGAAAAUAAAAAUUACCUGUCUGAGAUAAAAACUUAACAAUAACAUGUACAUUUUUUUUGAGCUUGAAAGUCAGGCAAGUGCUAUUGUUCCAAUAUCAUUUUAUGAUUGUUUGUUUCAAUUUUAUCCAACUUUAAGGGUGAAGUUGAGAGGAUUGCCAUGGUGAUCUCUAAUAAUGUGAGUUCCUGUCAACUAUUUUGCUUUCAUGUUUUGGUAAUUAGACAAUUUCUUUUACAUACUUCAUGCGUGCCUCUCGCAAGAAGAUAGAUCUAGUAAAAUUAAUCAGACAUCAUAACAUGAUCAUAACACUGGUGAUGUUCAUUGUGACUGGAUUAAUAUUUUUGAAAACGAUUGAUGCAACUCAAUUUUAAUGCAAUAAAUUUAUUAAAUUGUUUUAAUAACUAUUGACAUUUCAUAUUUUGUCCUCUUUUAGAAAUUUCAGCCAGUUGAGCGGUUUGUUUUUGAGAUUGGGAGUCCUGAAGAAAGUUCUGCAGCACUGAGGUAAGCAUUGUGGUUGAAAUUUUAUGACUUUUUUACAUUUUUGUCAUAGGUCUGACUGUGUUAAAACAGUUUGGUUGAAAAUAAUGUCCACAGCUAGAAGUUGUACGGAAAAGAAAGUUUGUUGUUGAUGUUGUUGUUGUUGUUGUUAAUUUUUCCCCCAGAGAUUUUCCUCUUUGCUUAAUUUAUCUUUUAUUAAUAAUUGAGAACCAAGAACAGGCUAAAAAGAACCCUCGACACCCCUUUUAACAUGAAAACUGAGGAACCCGUCGAAAUUUUGAAAAUGUUGAGUGCGCAUGUACUUAAGGUCAUUGAAUGUGAAAUCUGCUAGAAAGAACCCUGUAUAUCAAACAAACACUUAGAAUAUAAAGAAUGUCAUUGUUCAUCCUACUUAUGGUAAAAUGUAAUAGAAGAGGACCCAUGUUAUAGCGAACAAUUUAUUCUGGCUUUUGACACUCUUUUUAUAUCGGGGUUCUGCAGUAAGCUCAAUUUCCCCAAAGCACCUUAGGAGGUGGGGGUGCGGGAUAACGCUGAGGUAUUGGCCAGUCACGGAUGAGGCAUGUGAAACAAGAGACAAGUUGUGAAAGAUGUGAUGACCAGCAUGCACGGGCGUGGGACAAAGAAAAAAUCUUGCGUCCCCGAAGGGAUUCGAUGACCUCCUGAACAAGGGGAGCGGGGGGGGAGGGAGGGGUAAUCUAUCCUUUCUAAUUUCCAUUCUAGCUAGGUUCAUAUUGGUCCAAAGCUUUAGACCGCGGGCGGUCUUCCUUUUUUCCUCAGCGCCACGCGCGGGUAGCGAAAAAAAGUAAAAUGAUGUACGUUAGUGGUAAAAGGAGUCGGCUCUUGUUCCUCGCGGCUUUGCCGCUGACCCCUUAUGCGCGCUGUCGAACUACUAUGUCUUAAAAGGAAAAUAAGCAGUCUACCCACGCCCGUGACAUGUUGAUUACAGCUUAUAGAAUUCACCAAGUGACAAGUUAUUAUCUUUCAUAACGAUUUCUUUGAACUUGCCGUCAUUGAAAACUGCUCAUACAGUUAUUUUUACAUAAGGGGAUAAAAAACUAGCAUGAAUAAUGCUCUUUAGCAGAUAAAACAGUUAUCUCUUGGGCCUGAAUGGAAGUUCCGAGCAAGCGCGAAGCUCCUGCCAAAUGACAAAGGAAAAGUUGUUAAUUAUAUUAAAACUGUUCGCACAUCCCUCCAAGACGGUUUCCCUGUGUGCGCCUUGCGGACUUAUUAGUAACUGCUUCUCUUCUAGCGAUGAUAACUUCCUGUUGCAUACAGAGAAAAGCCUAAGAGGUUUCUUGCUGAAGAUUAAUACAUGUGAUGCCUUGCUGGAGCCAAUACCACCAGGUAUAUCUGUAAUGGCAUUUAUUUUAAUGAUGAUACCUAGCCUGGAAAUAUAACUUGCUGUUUUGGCUGCCAUCGCCGUAAGCGAUCGCAUGAUCACUUAAGCGUGAGCGAUCACUGGUCAUCACUUGAUAAACAACGUAUUUUUACUGCAUCCACCGGUUAUCUUUUAUUAAUAUUCAUUCAAAAUAUUUCCCCAAUUCUGAUUGGCUAAAAGCACACACAUAAUUCACCAUAACCAGUUACUGAUGACCGAAUUUGGAAGAAUUUUGACUUUAACGAGGAAAUGACGUCAAAAAUGCAGUGUUCUUACAGGUUAAGGCACCGAGGGAACGGGGCUGAGUUGUUUUGGUUGUGAAAAUAAAAAUGGCGGACACUUCACUCGCUUCAAGAGUAAAAACUACAGCCGGAACUAGGCGUAAUAAUAGCAAAAACAUAGCAAAACUGCAAGAAGACAACUCGGAGGGCGACAUCUGCUAUUUGGAGAAUAUUUGCGGAGCUGGACAAACCUAAACGUAAACUAUCGAAGAUAAACUUAACAUCGAUGCAGGUAAGCUUGUUUUAGCUAUGUUUUUAAACUAGGAAUUAUUUUGAAUGAAUAAUACAACAAUUAUUGAAUUCGGCUUUCGCAUUAUAUGAAGAAUUAUGGAGAUCUCGGAGGGUGUUAUCCACCUCGGCCGACGGCCUCUACGGAUAACACCCUCCUCAAUCUCCAUAAUUCUUCAUAAGAUACUCAGCUUCAUUCAUUAAUUGUUAAUUAUAAAAUAACUAAGAUAGUACACGCGGUCUGAUUGGUUAAAAGCCUACGGUUUAUUGUGCCGGUAGACUCAUAGAAAAGUUAAAGUUAUUUUAUAAAUGCAAUAGACCACCCUUUCUAUGGGUUUACCGGCGUGAUAACCCUCAUAAGAUGUUGGGAGAACACUCGAAAAGCUUGUAAAUCACUCGCCAUCGGCUCGUGAUUUACAAGCUUUUCUCGUGUUCACCCAACAUCCCGCGUGGGUUAUCACGCCGGUAAACCCGUAGAAAGUGUGGUCUAUUGCUUAAAUAAAAGACACGCUAAAAGGAAAUGAUAUUCUGCCAGGACAACGCGGCCCACAUGCGGGUUGCCGUAUAGGCUAGAAAUACGAAACGUAACAGUGACGUUAUCAAUGUACUUUGUGGCGACGAAAGCACUGAUUUUAUCGCUUUCAAACAACUGUAGUACCUAUUCUCUAGCAUCUGAAUUUGCUUUAUGCUUUACCCGACCGUAUUCGGCUUUCAAAUCUCUGAAUAAAGUGAUAAUUUUCUCAUAAAAGCGUUAUUUAUUAACUUUCAGUAGAGUUAAAGGAAAUUAAAUCUGUUUAUAGCGGUCUGUUUAUGUAACGGUCACCUUGCCGUUUCUCGAAGGAGACCGUUGUAUAUAGGUUUGACUUUAUUUUCAUUGUAUAGAAAUCGGCCAAGACAUCGCCUCAAACUCACAACGUUGGUUCCAAAAUUAUUACUCGCUCAGAAAUUUCUAUUUUCUGUUGUGUUUUAUCUUUUUGAUCUGGUUCUUUUUAGAAGUAGCAAGUAAAGUGAAAAGAACUAACGCAAAAUGGAUUUCGAUUGGUAAAAAUUUUAAUUUCUUUUCGUAGGAUGUACGUUUUCCAUCCUUGUCUAUACUAAAGAAUCAUCUUUUUUGAAGCUACAAGAGAAUCGUAAAGCCCAGGUGUGUUGCAAGUGCAAAUAGUAUAAAAAGCCAGGGACUAUUUAUAAGACUACCAGUGGUACGGUAAAACGGGUAGAAAAAGGCAUGUAACGUUUCUUGCAACAUUGCCACAAAACGACUGGCGAUGUUGCGCGUUUUACUACCCACAUUAAACCUGUCUUGCAACAAAUCAGGGCCCAGUUGCUCGAGGCAUGGUUAGCGUUAACCAGCGUUUAAUACCUUGACAACGUAUUGGUUUUGAUACUGCUUAACCCAUGGUUAAAGCUAACCAUGCUUUGAGCAACUCAGCCCAGGUUGUUAACAGGUUUGAACGAGGGUGGUAAAACACGCAACGUCGCUGUUCAACUCGUUUUUGCAGUAAUGUUACAAAACAAGUCGCACGUUUUACCGAAGCUUAAGUAAUCAUUGACUUAUUGAUCAGAUUAAUCCUAUUGAUUCUUGGCAUUUCACUUAGAAUCUCUAAAUCCUUUACAUGUGUCUUAAAAAAUCUGCACUGCCCGAAGUCAGCAGAACUGGAGCUAGUGGAGGCGAGCAGUGGUUGUAAGCUAGUUACAUUUCCUCAUUAAUACUACAUUUCGCGGCAGACAUCUCUCGAGUAUGAAGCUGAUAUAGAGUAAGAAAACAAACCAGCCUGAUUGAAUCACAUAAUUAAGAUAAAGAUGCUAUAUCGGUUUACUUUUUUGUUCAAUGGAUUCAGUGUUAGUUUUAUUAUUUGCGUAGAACCACUCCUCCUCAAGCCCCACUCUUUUCUGUUCGACUUGAUCUCACCUGCGUAGCAUGUGUUUGUCAGUGUGUUUUUCGUUCGUGUUUCAUGAAGUAAGAAAAACAAUGGGGGUGGGGGAGGGAGGUCGAGAGAAAGGACGCAGAGAGCACAUCUGAUUAGUUUUCGCGCGACGACUUUGUCUCUUACUCUACGAACCACAAGCCACGUACACAUUGUUGGGACUAAGAGAUCAGUCAGUCUGUAAGGGGAAGUUUGACGUCACUGUGUAAUUUCAAGCAAACUACUUUUUGAAAAAAAAAAAAAAGUACAAAAUAAUCAGCAAACAAACAGAAAAUCGUACGGUGCAUGUAGUGUACUCUGUUUUUUUUUUGCCUAGCAUAUCAUUUGUUACCCUUUAUUAGACUAAAUCACGUUUAUUUGUUAGGAGUUUCCUUGGGUCCAAGCAGAUGAGGAAAACAUUCUGAUGAAAGAAUCCACCUUGGUGCCUCUCAAAUCAUCAACUACUGGUAUCCUUAAGGUGGGCCCACUUUCCUUAAUUCAAUGUAAUGCAGAUUCGUUUUAAGAGCAUUGUUACACAGAUUUUAUAAAAAUACAUGUACAUUGCUUCAAGGCCUAACUUGAUCACUUUCCCAGGUUUCUGUCUUUAAAUAGUGUGCCAACACAGUUUGGGAACGAUCCUAUCACGACAUGUUCCGCCAUCUUUGCACGCUUGUAAGAAAUAGUUGGAUCAAAACUAUGUCACGUGUUUUUUUCUUUUUUCUUUUUGUUUAUUUCAUUAUUUCUUUGUUUUGUGAGUGUCUGUUGAGGGAGACAGUCAAGUACAAGAGAUCUUGGUCGAGUUUGAUUGGAGAGUAAAGAUAAAUAAUGACUAAACAAAAUACGAAAUAUAAAAUAGUUAAUCUGAAUCAAUUCAUUUACGUGCGCAAGUUGGAACGAACAGGGGUCUUUUUUGCAUGAGCAUGCGCGACCGCUGACUUGUCAAAGAGCACGCGACCAGUGACAGCGACCGUGCUGCAUAGUCAUAGGAACCAAAUUGUUCACUUUGAAAGCUUGCUUGAGAUUGAAAUGGUAGCAGGAAUUUAGGAAAGACCUUCGUUGUACAAAAUAAGUAAAGAUCUGUUGAUCUAAAGUGGAGACUGAUGCGCUGAACGAGGUGAAAGAGCAAGUUUCUCAAGGAUGUCUGACACGAACAUGGCUGCUUGUUGUUGUUUGGCGCUGGACUCGUGUCUUGAUUCCCCUUUAAGAACCGCAAAGUUUGGCAUAGAAUGCAUUGUUGAUGCGUAGCUAUUGAGCAAAAUGUUCUUUAUUUAUUGUUUCUCUAUAAAUCGGAUGUAAAUUAGUUUCUCGAUGCCGUAGAGGAUUUCUGUCAAUAAUUUGUUAAUAGCUGAUUUAGCCAUAUUUCGGGAGUGGAUUAAUAACGAUCAGCGGGCGACUACCACGCCGUUUUCAGUUGGAAUAGAAUGUUUUUGCCUUAAGUAUUUUAGCGAUACAAAGUUUGUUUAUAGGAAAAUUGUAGAACUUCUUGUUUUUGCGUGGACUAACAUUGUAACGCAUCUUUUACAGGAAUUUGCUUUUGGCCAGAACUUAAAUGUUCUAAUGAUUUUUAACUUUUGGUCGGCAUCACAUGUUUACUGUACUUCUUGGGAAACCUAACCGUUUGUUUCAUCAAAAUCGGUCACAAGAUUGGACUUAAAUCUCGGUCCUAUUGAAUGCAGUUUUGACUGUGUCUCAUUGAUAUUCAUUUUUUUUUAUUGUUCGAGACAUACAGAGUGACUACCACCAACAUCUCACCAGGUGACUAAUCUACGUCUCGUGUGCUCUUAAUUUUGUAGCUUUAAAGUGCUGGGAAAAUUGUAGAACAUAUAUUAAUUCACUGCUGAACUGAACAUCGGCUUUCGCGCACUUCGAACCCACUCUCUGAAAUUUGCUAUGUUUUUUUUUUUAAUAUUUCUCUUCCUUUCCCAUUUCAAAACAAAGAAAAUUGAAAGUGUUUACUUGCAUCAACAAACGUUUCUGCACUUUGUUUAGACUUUGAUGAGGUCACUGCAAUCCUCCAGGCACUACAUAUACGCGCGCUGUUGUCCAGGUCAAGUGGGGAGAUGAAAUUUGAUAGUAGCUCGUGUAUGUUAAAGCCCGUCUACUUCGCUUUUGUUAAGACCAUGUUAGAGUUUUUUUUGCAAACUACACAUCUUGUUAAAUCACGAGCACAUUCGCCAAGACCAACGAGCAACAUAAUCGCUAUGAUAGCUUUGAGACGCGCAAACCCUGUGGUGAGCCUCCAUGCACAUCGCUUGUUCAGCGGUCGCGCAUGCUCAUGCAAAAAAGACCCCUGUUGUUGGAACGAGGGCGAUUUUUUGCGCAAUAAUUCGAUCAGAAACGCUUGCUACGCAGGCUAUAAAUAAAUCUAAGUGAAUCCAAUUGAAUUGAACUGAACUGUUCUUCUGAACUGUUCUUGUGUUCUUCGAAAACGUUCUUUCUAAGUUUUAAGUAGGAUGAAGCUGUAUUAAGAGGACAUCAUCAUAAGUGGUCAUCAUCAUCAUCUUCAUUAUCAUCGUCAUCAUCAUCAUCAUCAUAGUCAUCAUCGUCAUCAUCAUAAUCAUUAUCAUCAUCAUCAUUAUCAUCAUCUUCAUUAUCAUCGUCAUCAUCAUCAUCAUCUUCAUUAUCAUCGUCAUCAUCUUCAUUAUCAUCGUCAUCGUCAUCAUCAUCGUCAUUAUCAUCGUCAUCAUUAUCAUCAUCUUCAUUAUCAUCGUCAUCAUCAUCAUCAUCUUCAUUAUCAUCGUCAUCAUCAUCAUUAUCAUCGUCAUCAUCGUCAUCAUCAUAAUCAUUAUCAUCAUCAUCAUUAUCAUCAUGAUCGUCGUCGUCAUCAUUAUCAUCAUCAUCAUUUAUAGACUGCCUUGACAGCCCCUUUAAGCUUGCUAAUAUUGACCUUGAUGAACUUGUAUUUAGAUGCAGCUGUUUGUCGAAGAAUGUGCUGACAAGGUAGAAAAGAGCACCGAGAAAACCGCUCAAGAACAAUAGUAACGCUACUUUUGGAAAGGUAAAAACCAAAGUUUCCUUAUGAAAUGAAGGAAUGGUAACCUGCCAGCAAGCUCUGCAUACCGAUGGUAGGUGAGGCAAGAGCUUGCUGACAGGCUAAACGAAUACAAUGUCAGAAAUUCGUUUUCGCUCUAAAUAAUGCAAUCAAAAAUCAACCAUUUCUCAAUCAUGGACCACGGAAAGAGCAAUCACCUCCCCCGACCUAUAGCCACGUGUCACAUUGACACUAUUGUGGAUUCCUCUGGUGGACGGAUGCCCAUUGUUAGAGGUCGGGCAAUUUUGUGUGCUUUUCAGACGGAGAUUCUCGACCACUUUUACUUGAUUUUAUUUUCACGUUCAUCAAUGUGACACUACAGCUGUUUCCUUAGUUUGAUUUCAACGCUAAAAGAAGACACUUCGAAAACCACCUUACCAAUACAUGCAAAAAUAACGAUAAAAAUGUUAAUAUGAGACAACAGUUUGCUAUAGAAAAUAGGAAAAAUAAAAUUUUGAACUUAGUUGCUUAAAGAACCUACCAUUCAAGUGAAAGAUUGAAUAAUACAUAAUUCAGCCAUCGGAUUUACAAAAAAGUUUGUGCUAUUAUUAUGCUAGCAGGAAAGAAAAUAUCGUGGCAGUUGCUGUAGUUGCUUUGUACUAUGGAUUUUGUUUCACAUUGAAGGCAGAAACAGAGCCGACACUGAGACGAUCAGCCAGUGAUACGGACCCAACAAGGCUGCAGCUGUGGAAGUAGGUCCUGGUUUCUUUCCGUUCGUGCUGCUGGUUGGAUUCCUUGAACUGGUUGCGAUGACACUUGCGUAGCUGCUGACAGGUUCUGGUGUUACUGGAGCCAGUACUGGGUACAGGCCCUGAUUUCAUAGGUCGUUAGAACAACACUCCCCAAUGCAUCGUUUGAAACGAGCUCCUUGUGGCAUUGUCUCAUUCUCACUGUUGCAAACGACAGAACUGUUACAUCCUGCCAUUGUAUAAACACGACAGCCCCGUAUUCCUAUGAUGGUGCCAUUUGAGAGUGCCGCCAUGAGAGCCAUACAGUACUCUCUGUAGAUCACAAAAUUAUUUAUGUUUAGGUGACAGUGAGAUCAACUUUGAUCUUGGAAAGUAUUUUUAAUAAUUAUAUGUGGGGGUAUUCACUAUUCUUUUAGUUAGAAGUAUAAGAAAAAAUCAACAAUAACCCCAAUCGACUUUUUGGCGAAAAAAUGCAAUCAAACCAAACACAAACAACCAAAAAAACAAAUUGUUAUCCUAGACUUUUGGGUAAUUAAAUUUGUAUUCAAUAGGUAUAGAUUGAUGAUUUACGCCAUCUUAAGUCCUUCAUAGUUAGGCCCCAGGUGGCUCACACUCGAAUAAUGACCAUAAAUAAAAAUCGGCUAACCCC